CCCAGUCACCACGCUUCCCCGACCAACCCCAUCCCCGGCCGCUCCCACUCCACUCCGCCGCCAGCGCACCACCGGUCGACGAUGGCCUCCCGCCUCCUCCGCCUGCACCACCAGCUCCGGCGCCGCCGCCACGGCGCGACCCCGGCUCUACCCAGGCUCCUGUCCUCCUCCUCCUCGUCCUCUGCCCCGGCCCCGGCGGUGGACAAGGUGCUGGUGGCCAACCGGGGCGAGAUCGCGUGCCGGGUCAUGCGCACCGCGCGCCGCCUCGGCAUCCCCACCGUCGCCGUCUACAGCGACGCCGACCGCGCCGCGCUGCACGUGCGCGCCGCCGACCAGGCCGUCCGGAUCGGCCCGGCCCCCGCGCGCCAGAGCUACCUCAACGCCGCCGCCAUCGUCGACGCCGCGCUCCGCACCGGCGCAAAGGUAUGGCAAGUCAACCCACCAAGGGGAAGGGGCGUGUGAGGGCAAUGAGAAGGAGGAGUCCGUUUGGGAGGAGGCUUUGAGGACGGUACGGAAGAGGGAGAAGGAAGAACUUGAGAGGAAGAGGCAGGAGGAGAUAGCUAAGAAGAAGGCGGAAGAUGACCGUAUGCAAAGGGGGUAUGAGGAAUACCUAUUGCGCCACAAGAGGAGGAAUGAGAAGCUCCAGGCCGAACGGGACCGGCUAUGGAGGGAAAAAUUCCUAACGAACAUGCAACUUGCUCAACUAGGGAGGGAGAGGGCCAAUAGGAUUCACCUAGAGGAGGUGGCUAAGGAGGCUGAGCGCAUAAGGGAGGAAAGAGCUCAAGCGGAAGCUUCAAAGAUGGAGGAGCGCCACCAUUUCUUCGACUCGGUGGUUCAGUUGGCUGGUGACAUAAGGGAGAAGGAAGAACUGGCUGAAGAAUCUAAGAAGAAGAAGGCGAAGGGGGGGAGCCUUUGCCACGCAGUGAUGUCCGUUUGGCUAUGUUCUUGUUGUUGAACCUUUAUGUUGUCGAACCUUGAUGUUGUGUGAACCUUGAUCUUCUCGAACCUUCAUGUCGUCGAACCUUAUUGUAAUUCUAACCUUGAUGUGUUAUCUGAACAAUUAUG